AUGUAUCCUGUCUUCACGGCUCUCACUCUUGGCAUCAUCGGCCUUGCUGCCUUUGGCUCCCCUGUCAGCAACAGAGGAGUGCGCAGCACAGCUGCUAAAAGCAGCGGGGCGAGCCAUGCUAGCAGUGAUGAGAAGGAGAUGGAGGAGGAGGGGCAGGGAGAGAGUGAGGAGAGGCGGGCAGAGGAGGAGGGGAGGAGUGUGAGGGAGGUGUAUGAGGCGGUGAGCACGCUCAGCACUGGAAGCACAGAGCGUUUCUUCUCUGGCCGCUUCCUCAUCCCCUUCUAUACCUUGCGAUGCGGCCCACCCAGGAGAGCAAAUCGCUGCAGCAAGCAAGCAGUGUUGCGUGCUUCAGCAGGCUGCAGCGCUCUCUGUUUCUCACUCUUGCAUCCCUCUCUUCCCCCCCCCCCCCGCCGCCCACGUGCCGCCGAGCCAGUCCUCCAUGAUUUGCGGUGGCUGCCCACCCAGGAGAACAGCGCCCUGCAGCAAGCAGCGGAGAAAGUGACGCGGUUGUCUCUAGACCUGAUUGCGAGACGCAGACAGGAACAAGCGUCCCCCAUUCUCCCCUUCAACUUUUUCCCAUUCCCCCAUUCCCCUCUUUCCCCCUUCCCCUCUUCCCCCCUUCCCCUCGUCCCCCCUUCUCCCCGCACCCCUUCCCCCAUUCCCCCCAUCCCCUCUUCUUCCCUUCUCCGCCCCUUCCCCUCUUCCCCCUUCUCCCCGCACCCCUUCUCCCAUUCCCCCCAGGGCGACUCAAGGAAGGAUCUUCUGGCAGUGAUGCUGGCAGCAAGGGAUGACGUCAGCAACGAGCAGAUGACCGACCAGCAGCUGGUGGACGAAUGCGUCACCUUCCUAUUGGCCGGGGUGCUGUGCGGUGGUGGAGUGUAUGACGUCAGCAACGAGUGCAGUGCAGAGGCAAGUGCAACACAGGUCAUGCUCCCAUGCUCUCUCACCCCUCCCAUCGUUUCAGGCCACGAGACGACAGCGAAACUACUCACCUGGGCUGUGUACCUGCUGGCCCGCUACCCCGAUUGGCAGAGGCGAGUGAGGGAGGAGGUGUGGCGGGUGAUGGGGAGCGAGAUGCCUGAAGGUGGGGGAGGAGGAGGAGGGGCGAACAGGGAGGGAGGGGGGGAGAAACUGGAGCUAGGAGGAGAGAAGGGGGAGGGAGGAGGGGAAGGGGAGAAGGAGGAGGGGGGAGGGGAAGCGGCGAAGGGCAACGGGAGGAGGGGGGGCGGAAGAAAGGUGACGUGGGAGCAAGUGGGGCGGUUGAGCGAGAUGCACAUGGUGCUGUUAGAGACACUCCGGCUCUUCCCCCCGACCCCUGUCAUCACACGCGAAGCAGUCAAGCAUGUCUCGCUGGGCCCCUACUCGCUCCCAGCAGGCACGCGCAUCACUAUGGCCAUCGGCAUGGCGCAGAGCGACCCGCGCUUCUGGGGGGAGGACGCUCUAGAGUUCAACCCAUUACGCUUCAAAGGUGAGAUUCAACCGAUCAAACCUCAGCGGUGGGCCGGGGAGGAAGCUCAGCGGCUCAUUCGGGGAGCAUGCUCACACCCACAGGCGUUUCUGCCAUUCUCAGCAGGCCCUCGAGACUGCAUUGGCUCAAACUUUGCUCUCUCGGAGGCCAAGGUGGUUCUUGCUCACAUGCUGAGUCGCCUUGAGUGGGAGCUCUCACCUACUUAUGUACACUUGCCGACUAUGGGGAUCGCGCUUAGCCCUAAAUAUGGCAUGCCGCUUCGGAUGAGGCUCGUGGAGUAG